UCAUCGCCUUGUACAUCUAGUUGUUUGCGUAAAAAUGGCUACAUGCAAUUUUAUUGACGAUAUGAUUAAGGAAUAUUUGGCAUUUAGACAACUUACAGCAACUCUAAAAAGCUUAGAUUUGGAACUAAAGACAGAUAAAGACAAAGGCUUCAGGAUUGACAAGCUUAUUGAGCAGUUGAACAGCUUUGUUAGCAACCAUGAACUGGUGUCGUUGCGUGAGUACUGGUGUCAUCUAGACCGACGAUUCUUCUCCAGAUUACCACAGCGAUACUCCUUACAUACACGCAAAUUGGAGGUGAAUCUACUCAAGACAUACCUCGUCAUAGCGUAUCAGAAUAACAAAGUGGACAAAGUGAUAGAGUUCUUUGAGAAGAUGACUCCAGAACUACAAAACCAAUCAGAAUGGAAAGAUUGGUUUGCGUUGCCAUACAUCAAGGCUGCGGAGGAGAACCCAGCAUUCAGCACCUACUUCACGCGCCAGUGGCAGGACAUAUUUUGGCUCUCGCUGCACAACUUUCUUGCCGCCAUUUUCCAGGCGUUGCCGAAGCCGCAGCUGAUGCAGUACGAGGCUGAGCAGCAGAGAUUCAAGGAACUGCUGGACGAGAACGCUAGACUGAGAGAACAGCUUGCUGCUGCAGUGAGUGGUGAGCAGACGGCAGGAGCGGCGAAAUCGAAGCAGGAGAAGAUGGAAGAUGAAGAUUUUAUCUCCACAGGCUCUGAUCUCAUGGAUGACUUCUUCUGCAUAGCCAGAGAAUCUCCGCCAAGCUCUGCUUCUGAGUCAAAAGGAAUCAAGUCGUUUAUCAAAAAUAUCAGUCUGCCAUCUGUGUCACCGACACUUAGCAAGAAGCCAACACCAUUGACGACGGUGGCCGUCUCACAGACACAGCCAACGACUACACAGAGUCAGAUACCAAAGCGAACCUUGGCAACAUCCCCUAGCGAUGAAAGAAGUAGUCUGUCGACAGCAGCUAAUGGGAAAGUGAACAGCCGGGGCUCACAGCUGCAGCAGCCUCCAUCACGGCAGCGGUCCCGCCACAUCACUCCCACCGGUAGCAUAGCGAAGCCUUCACCCAUCGCCAGUGGAAACUCGCCUCGAUCUGAGCAGGUGGCGCCCUCUGAGAGGAGCAAACAGCAGCGUUUGCAACAAGAGCGGCAGGACAUGGAGAGACAGAGACAAGAGCUGCUGAGUAACAGCAGUGAAGCCACAAAGCUCAAGACUAAUGCUAAAGAAGAAAUCAAAUCACCGACCUCCCCUCCCCCGGAGAUUAGUGAGAACAGUAUGGGUGAGGAAGAGGAGAGCAAGGAGGCACCACCGUUCCUGCUGCUCAGUCAGGAUGAGUACAGGGAGCAUCAGUCGGCCAUCGUACACUGUCGCUUCAGCCCCCUGGCGGGCAUGGUGGCAAGCUGCGACCUCGAUGGAAUAGUCAAAGUUUGGUCGGUAAGUCCAGUCCCGAGUACAGUUGUCGUGGUGAUGACGAAAUCUCCACUCCAGACGUUGGAAUGGUCAGGGAAGAUGGAUCGAUACUUGUUACUUGGUAGUAGGAUGGGCACAGUGAGAAUGUUUGAUACAGUGGAGAAAAAGAACUUAAAUGAAAUCAUUGUGGACCAAAGCUUCCCAAGGGUACUGUCCAUAGCUAGCAGCCCUUCAGGAGCCAGCUUUGUAUGCUCAUGUGCAGCAAAGCCAAGCACAGAAUUGCAGUGGGACCAAUGCAAAGGCAGAAUGUAUGUCUGCAGCACCAAAAACAUGAAAAUAGAGCGACUGCUGCCACUAGAUUCGGAUGACAGAUGUGUAAAUUGUACCGCAUUUAACCACAAUGGCAACCUGCUAGUUACUGGAAGCACUGGUGGUGUCAUAUCUCUCUACGAUAUGCAGAGAAAUGAAUCGAUAGCUAGCUGGAAGGCUCACCAGGGUCAAGUCCACAGCGUACGAUUCAGCGAGGACGAAAACUCGUGCUACAGCAUGGGCAGCGAUGGCAAGUUCGUACAGUGGAGUUUGCUGAAGAGGUCGGGUCGCCGGCUGGUAGAGCUAGGCAUCCACAACGGAGCAACGGGUCCGUUUAACGCCGUUGGCAUGGGAGGCAAGCAGCAGAGCUUCACGCCACGCGGGAACCUCUUCUCAUUCGACUCCACUGGAAAACACGUACUCACGUGCGCGCCCUCUGGUGGACUCAUAUACAAGGUCUGUAUAGCGCAUGUGUAGUGGCCCUGAGCGGGGGAACUUUUUGUUGACGUGCUAUUUGUUCUGUUGCGUUCACUCGUUGAUUUGUAGACAUUUUUGUGAGUUUGGUA